AUGACCUCAUGGGCCGAAAUUCGAACAAGUCAAUUCAACGACACGCUCCUCAUGUACACCGUAUCGUACAAAAGAAACGAUACCACUGUAUCUACCAACGCAUCGGAUCCGCGUCUCGUAGUCCUGGUCCGCAGCAGGGGUAGUCGUCUUGUUGGUGUCGACGUUGGCGCGCAGAGAUGGGCCGAGAUGACGAAUGGGCCAAACACGACGCCGUCUCUCGACCCGACCCGACGUACUGGGACAGGAACUCGUGUUUUAGUCAUAUGUCGCGCUGACGCCUACUACGAGAACAAGCCAAUGGUGUAUACAGCAUAUUCUGAUACGGACAACCAUAGUCGUUGA